UUAAAAACUUUUUAUUCGCCCUUUGUGUAUUUCAUUGGAUGCAGGUUUAAAAUAACCAGUUUGUUAAGUAACUACAAUUAUCAUUUUUUAACAUUACAAUUAUUAGUUAAUGAAGCGGAGCGGUUAUAUGUUAUAUGAUUUAUCAUUACUAUUAAGGUGUCGUGCUGAAUUUUUAAGAGGAAGGUUAAAGCAAAAAGCGAAAGUGAAACUAACAGAAUAAGAAAUUGAAACAACAAUUUGGCAGAAAUGAAAGGGAUUUGGUUGUUAGCGUGGCAUGCUUUCUUAGUAAUAUCCUUUUGCCUGUUGGUGGAAUCUGAAAGCCAAAUUAGACAAUGCGAAACUUUAACCGGAACAACUGAACAAUGGCAAGGAGAUGAGGGUGAUGCGAUCCUGAAAUGCGAUCUGAAAAAAUGGAGAACUCAAAGAAUAGAGACUGUCAACACACUCAAGGACUUGCGGGAUAAACUAGACAUGCUCUGUGUCAGCGCCAACUAUGGAAAAGGCGCUGGAAAUGGAGCACAAAUCAUGGGCACUGUUACUUCGAUUGUUGGAUCAUUUAUGGAAUUAGCAGGAUUGCCUAGUUUCCAAUCUAUCAUGGGGAUUGGUGACGUGAUAUAUCAUUCAGGUUCUUUGGUGGAAGGAAUGUCAAGUAUCACUGAAUAUUUUGGAUCUGCAAAGUUCCUAAAUGAAAUAGAGAAAAUUUUGCAGGAGGACAAAAAAUCCUCCAAUUUUCUAGGGAACAGGCUAGAGGCUUGGCAAUCCUUGGAUGAGAAUAUACACGAAAUACUUGGUUUUGACAUAACGUCCGAAAAAUGGACACAGCUAGGAAGAUUUCUACACGAAUUUGUGAAAAUCCGAUCUGUUACCAGAGACUUCGAAAAAACUGUUGACUACAUGAAAAAUGGUAAAUACUCCACGUAUAUAGAAACCCAGAUGAGGGUUGAUCAGUUAUUGAAGUUAAGCAACUAUUUUGAAAAGAAUCCACAAAUUUCUGCUGAAAUUCGCAUGGGACUGAUUGGUGUCAAUCGGUUUUCAGCACUUUAUAAAUCUUUCAAAAAGUAUACAAGAAAAGAAAUAUCUGAAAAAGUGGCAUCUAUCCCGCAAAAGUACAAAGCACCAACAGCAAACACAGUUGCCGAAUAUACGUUUCUGCGGUCUAUAGAUAUUGCAGUAAAUUUUUUGUCUUUACUAGACGUGGCAAGAGUCAUUAAAGAAGGGAAAUCCAAAUAUUCUGAUUCUUUGAAAAAUAUUAUAGAUAUACUAGAAUUGGAAUUAAAGAGCAUGGAAGUCUUAUAAACUGGAAUGAUUCUACUAAACGUAAAAUUUUGUUUUAUUGAACAAUAUUUAUCACAUUUUAUAAAAGUUAUCCUCUUUCAGAGAGAUGUUUUUCUACUACUAUUUUUCCCAAUCCUCGAAUCCCCCUUUUGUAAUUUUUCUAGGCCACUUUUCAAAAUUUGAACAGUAUGAUAACCCACAACUAAUUUUCCAAAGUUAACACUUCGAGGUCAAUGUUAGUAUAAUUUAUAAAUAUUCGAGGUUUUUCUAAUCUCAAAUCAAAUUUCAUAAGCUAAAUAGUAUUUAUGGAUAUUUUCUAUUUUACCUAUAAGUAUAGAUAUCUUCUAUAAAAGUUAUCCUCUUUCAGAGAGAUGUUUUUGUACUACUAUUCUUCCAGUCCUCGAAUCUUACUUUUGCAAUUUUUCGUGAUCACUUUUCAAAAUUUGAGCAAUAUGAUAAUCCAUAACUAACAUUUCAUAAUCAUACACUUCGAGAUCAAUGUUAGUAUAAUCUAACUGGAAUCAUAUUUUAUAACAGUAUUUGUAGAUAUUUCUAUUUCAUCUGUAUCUAUAAGUACUUCUGAAUAUAUAGGAAAUCUCUAAUCUAUCUAUACUCGGUCUUAUGAAAAUACAUAUAAGUACUUAUAGAUGUUUUAAUAAGCUCUUUUUAAAACUCCAUCAAAAUUUCCUUUGAUUCAGAAAUGCCACUGUAAAAGUGGAAAUAAAGUAAAAUCGUCCUAGUGCCAAAUAUAUAUAGAUAAUCAUAGAUGUACAUAGAUAAUCAGUUUUUCAAUACUUUUAUUUAACUAAAUUACUAAAGUUUUUAAAAAAACAUUAUUUUUUAUUAAAAAUUUUUUAUUGAUGCUUUA